ACUGAAACCGUCUUUUUUUUUUUACUUAACGGAUACUGCAAAUGUUUUUUGUACUGAAAACGCUGGAAAAGAACUGAACUUUUGUCCAAAAUAUAGAUCGCGCGAGUGAACGGCAAGCCAGCCAGCAUGAGUGUCCCUCUGUACGCGCCGACUGCCAUCCAACAAUCUCACCCGACUCCUUUCUACAUAGAAGACAUUCUAGGGAGGACCGAUCACACCACCAGCAACUCUUCAUCUACUUCUCCCUCCACUUCCACCGCCUCGUCAUGCUCAUCCACUCCGGUCAUCCCGACGCCGACUUUCCCGUCGCCUAACUCCUCCUUUACAAACUUCAUCUCAACUUAUCGGACGCCAAUUUACGAACCGACGCCGAUUCAUCCGGUGCUGUCGCACCACCACGCGACCGCCGCUUUCGCGGCCUGCACGUACGCCUCCGCUGGAGCUUUCGCAGGCUCCGUGUAUCCUUUUCACCAUCAGCAGCACCACCGAGCGCUGGGGGAGUACGCACAUACCCUGCUAAGACACGACCCUUUCGGGAAACCUCUGCUGUGGACCCCCUCCAUCCAGCGGCCCUUACAUAAGCGAAAAGGCGGUCAGGUCCGUUUCUCGAACGACCAAACCAUCGAAUUGGAGAAGAAAUUCGAAACCCAGAAGUACCUUUCACCCCCGGAGAGGAAACGACUUGCCAAGAUGUUGCAGCUAAGCGAGCGGCAGGUGAAAACCUGGUUUCAAAAUCGACGUGCAAAAUGGCGAAGACUCAAACAGGAAAAUCCACAAGGAGGUAAACCGGAGGAGGACGCCAGUGGUGCGGCGGGGAGGAAUGACAAAGGAGACGGGACGUCCGAACAGUCCGGGGUCCUGCGCACAGAGCAGACACGGACGGUGGCGGACUCCCACGUGGUUGAAGCGGGCGACAGUGGGCGAGCCAUGUCGCCACAACAAUCCUUCGCGGAACCGGAAUGGAGCCUUUCAGACGACACAGACCUGGAGCUGGACAUAGAGGACGACAAUGAGUUCACACUGACCCACCAGCUCUGAGGCGGGUGAAGACACAAUCGUUUGUAUAUAAUGUAUGUGAAGUGCAUGUUACUGUUUGUACUGUAAAUUCAUAGAUUUGCUCCGUUUUAAUUUUGACAAAAUCAAACACACUCACAGAUUAGCCAAAUGUUUAUGUCAAUGGUUGUCCCAUCACCACAUCCAACUUCAAAUAUCUUAUCAUCGGGACCUCACGCAAACACUGUCAGUGGGAGUUUUUCAGUACGAAGAUUAGGUUAAUAAUUUAUUGAACUCAGAACAGCGGGACAGAUAGCGGAGCAACUGAUUGAUCAUCAAUAUUUGCACAGAUUUUUUUUUCCUCGCGGAUUAUGGUAGUUGAAGAAAUGUCAGUUAAAUCCAAGUGUAUUUUAACAGGACGGUGGGUGACUUUGGGGAACGAGAAUCUAUUUGUGACUUGUGUGUCGUCGUUUCGAGGUCAUAAUUGCAUUUACACAAUAAAUUUGACUAGGUUCAAUGGC